UUUUGAUAAUAACACUUGAAGAUAUACAUUUAAAUGUAAAUAGCACAAAACUUGUUUUGCUUUAGUUAAAUGGUAUUGUCAUUACAUAAAAUUAUUACAUAAAAUGGUUAAGACAAAGAAAAAAAACUUAUCCGAAUCUGUACAACAGAAAAACAAGAAACAGCUAAAUCCAUUUGAAGUACAUAUUAAUAGGGACAAACAGAAUGUAUUGGGUCGUAAGAAUAAAAAUGAUCAUGGACUUCCAGGAAUUUCAAGAGCAAAAGCUAUUAAUAGGCGUAAACAAAGUCUUCUUCAAGAAUAUACAUUACAAAAUAAAAACAAUAUUUUCUUAGAUAAACGUAUUGGUGAAAAGAAUUGUUCUAUGAGCAUAGAAGAUAAGGCAACAGCAAGAUUUGCUAAAGAACGCAUGAAAGCGUAUAAAAAAGAAAGUAUUUUUAAUUUGAAUGAUGAAAUAUUAACACACAGGGGACAAACUCUUGAAGAGAUUGAGAAAUUUGAUGAUCCUAGAAGCGAUGACGAAUUCAGUGAUAAUGAAAAUGUUAGUGGCAAGCUGGAUAGAAAUUUUGUACAAGAAGCUCAUUUUGGUGGAGGCAUUUUAUCGAAAGCAGAUUCCGCAUUAUCUAGAAAAGAUCUAAUUGAUCAGCUCAUUGCAGAAUCGAAAAAACAUAAGGCAGAAAAACAAAAAAUACGCAAGGAAACAAUAGAUCUCACAGAGAAGCUUGAUUCUGAAUGGAGAGAUCUUUUACCUGUUAUGUCUGCUUCCAAAAGAUCUGUGGAAAAUGAUGAAACCACAAAAACUGAUACUUAUGAUAUUGCUGUACGACAAUUAAAAUUUGAAGCUAGAGGUAAUCCAUCUGAGAAAUUGAAAUCAGAAGAACAAAUUAUUCAAGAAGAAAAAGAGAAAUUGGAAAAACUAGAAGCUGAUAGAUUGGCAAGAAUGAAAGGAUUUAUAAGCGAUACUGGUAGUCAGUUCAGACAUAAAUCUGCAGAUGAUCUUGAUGAUGGCUUUAUAAUGGAAACUAUUGAAGACACUGAUAACAUUAUUGAUGAUUCAAUUAUUGAUACCAAUAUUAAUGAAGAAAAUAAUGCUGAAGAUGAUUAUGACGAUAAACAGGCAGAAAAUGAAUUAGAAGACACUGCUGAUGAGGAAAUAAUUAAAAACAUAAAUACAAGAAAGGAUAGUAGUAAAAAUCAAGAAAAAAUAUAUUCAAAAUCAUCUACUACUAAAAACAAAUCUGAUUUGAACGACAAAGAUUCAGAGAGUGAAAAUUUGGAUGAUGAGUCUGAAGACUCAUUAGAUGAUCUCUCAGAUUUAAAAAUGUCUGAAUCAUCUUGUGAAAAUGAAAGUGAAACGGAAGUUGCAUUUGUAAAUGAAAGUAAAAAGCAUGUUAUGUUUAGUAAUGAUCUGACAGAAGAUAUUAAACAGAUAAAUCAGUCGAAUAAGAUUUCUCAUAAAUCAAUACUGAAACAAAGUAACGAUACACAUGUACAAAAUUCACGUGAUAAAAUACAACAGAUCAGAAAUGAUCUCUUGAAACGAAAAGAAAUUAUGGAAAAGGCACGAAACGAAUUAUCUUACGCAUAUAAUGCUCCAGAGAGUUUUGAAGAAUUAGAAAAAUUGUUAGGACAUCAUAAUGCAGAUUAUCAAUCAGUGAUCGUAGAUCGUAUUAUAAAAUGUAAUCAUUGGUCAUUAGAUGGCAGAAACAGAGAAAAAAUGUCUAAUUUAUUUGUAUAUUUAUUACAACAUAUAAACAACUGUGCUUUCACAGAAAGUGCUGAUGAUUUAAUUAAAUGUUUUCAAAUCUUUGACAGAUUAUGUCCUUAUCUUUAUGAUCUAGCACAUAUGAAUUCAGAGAAUGCUAAAAUCUGUAUACAAGAAGUAAUCAAAGAGAAAUAUGAUAAAUUUGAGAAAAAUAAGACAAAAUAUCCUGGCAUGGACACGCUUAUAUUCUUUAAAUUGGUGUCCUUGUUGUUUCCGACAUCUGAUUUCAGACAUCCUAUUACUACUCCUUGUUUAAUAUUUAUGUCGCAAAUAUUAUUGAAAGCUCGAAUCAGAAAAUAUCGAAGUGACAUUUCGAAAGGUCUUUUUAUAUGCACUCUUAUUUUAGAAUAUACAAUAUUGAGCAAGCGAUUUGCACCCUCUGUAAUUAAUUUUUUACGAGGCAUUAUCUACAUAGCAACGCCUGCAAGCUUGACACAAAAUAUGAAAAUUGUUCCACCAUUCAAAGCUGCAUGUAAAGCUUUAGUAGUUAAUAAAGUCGAAAAUACAACUGAUCCAAACAACGCACAUAUGUUUGCAAGUGAUUUAAUCCACGAGGAAUUGGAUGAUAUAUUUAGAAUAAGAUCUUUAUUGACUGCAGUCAAUCUGCUUACCGAAUUCAAAAACCAGUUUCAAGAAUUAGAAACAGUAUAUCCAAUAUUUGAGCACAUUCUUCAAUUAUUAAAAAUAUAUGACUUCAAACAGUAUCCACUAUACGUAAGAGAUCACAUAAAAAAACUGCGUACGGAACUCGAACUUCUACGAAAUAAAAAAUUGGAAUAUAUUGUGCAAGAAAAGAAAAGGCCGAAACCUUUAAAAACUUAUGAGCCAAAAAUAAUGACAAUAUAUAGUGAAAAACGAUAUAAAUCCACAUCAAAGGAAAAAGCAGAAAGAGAAAAACUAUUGCAUAAAUAUAAAAGAGAACAUAAGGGUGCAAUUCGUGAAAUAAGAAGAGAUCGAGACUUCUUAGCCAAAGUACAAAUUGGGCAACAAAUUAAAAGUGAUAUCGAACGCAAGCAGAAAGUAAAUGAAAUUUUUGGUGAAGCUGCCAUUCAGCAAAGCGAAUUUAAAAAAAUGAAAAAAAGAAAAUGA